GAACGCAGCCCCAGUUAUUGUCGUGUCCUCAUGAUAUGCUUGUCAGAUCGUCGGGUCUGUGAAAGAUUUGUGUCAAGAAUAAAUUUAGCCAACGAUAAUUCCUGCAUAAUAAAGGUUUGUUGAAAAUGGCGGGUCAUAACUAUCUGAGCGACCCGAAAAACCCGUUCUUUUCUUUGGAAGACGACAUAGAUGACGAGACGUUUCUGAGAGUUGCACCACCAGGAACUCGACCCGUAGAGCGUUAUCACGACAAUGAUUUCGAGCAGAAACGCCAACAAUUGUUGCAACGUAAAAGAGAUAUAGAGGAACGUACGAUACAGUCUUCUGAAAGAUCUGUCUCGCUUCUAAGAGAUUCUGAGCAAAUUGGUGCAGCCACAGCUGAGGAGUUAAUUAGGCAAAGAGAACAGCUACAAAGAACAGAGAAGAGAUUAGAUGACAUUAAUAGUACACUAAGAUUUAGUCAGAAACAUAUUCAAGGUAUAAAAAGUGUUUUUGGUAGUUUGAAGAAUUAUCUCAGCGGUAAAUCUCUGGAUGCUCCAAUACCAUCAACAAAAUUGUCAGAAUCCUCUAGCUCUGGAUCAGUAACAUCUCCAGCAUUAUCCAAUUCAAUAGAGCAAGUACAAAGUAAUAUGAGCAAUUCAUACUCAUCGAUGAAAAUAAGGGGAAACUUUAAUGACAAUGAUUAUGAGGAUGCUAAACCUCCUAAAGACAAAGUGACUAAGGCUCUGGAGCAGAAUUUAAAUGAGAUGAGUGGGUCAUUGGCAAGACUGAAGAGUCUAGCAAUUGGUUUGUCGGAGGAAAUAGACUCGCAAAAUGAUUUAAUUGAUAAUAUCACUGAUAAGACAGAGAAGGCAGAUAUAAUGUUACAGAAGCAAAACAAAGAUAUGUUACAUUUAAUGAAAAAAUAGAUUUGGAAACCGUUAUGUCAGAUGUCUUGCUUGUAAUAUCAUAAUAUUAACUAUACUUAUAUGAAGUAUAGACAUACGUUAUACAAUGGAAUGAAUUUUUGACGUUUAUUUCUUUGUCAUUGAAUGUGGAAUACAUGUCAUUAAUCGUGCGAUUAUACCGUACGGUGCAUUUUAUAGAAUUUUUCACAAAGCGCGAUUGCGAUCAUUACAAUGUAAUUGUAAUAGUACAAUGUUAGAAUGAUUUAUCGUCGAUACAUGAUUUUUGAUAGGGAGAAGAUCUGAGCAAUUAUCGUUGCUACAAAACCACAUAUGAUAUGUUUAUAUGCGAGUAUGCUACACGAAGAGCUUUUAAUUGACGUUUCUCAAGAUUUUGUAGCCUUUUAAGACAUGAAAGCUGUGAUAAGCAUACAUCCACGUAUAGUACUUAGUUCUAAGUUGAGAUAUUAUUUUACUAUCUAUCAAUAUGCAAUUUUCAUAGUUAUUAAAGAAAUUAAAAAAUUGGCAAAACAAAUUUCGCACACAUGGGCAUAUGAUAGUGUAAAAGUUAAAAAAUAUGUUACUUUUAUUAUUAUUAUUUUAUUAUUAUUGAAUAAAAUACCUAUGUUGUAUAAGUUGCA